CGGCCAAAACAUCGAUGGUUUUUAAGCUCCACACUGUCGCGAGCAGAAAAAAAAAAAAUAAUAAAUCUUUUUCUUCCAAGGCUGGUUCUGCGAUGGUAUAGAAUCUAUAGGUCGGGAGACAUGUAAACGAUCGAUUUCGGUCUCCCUGAUCGCUUUCCAGAACCCAACAUUUUACGGAUCUGAUCUCACUUUUUGAUUUUUGUUUCAAACUUUGGAAUCCGUUGAUUUUUGUAGAAUUCGAUGCGACAGAUUUCGUGAUUGAAGUUGUUUAGAUUUCGUGAUUGAAGUUGUUUAGAUUUCAUUUGAGCUGCAUUUUGUUCGAGCUUGCUACGAUGAAGGCGUGAUUCAGUUUUCAGCAUUACGAGAAUCAAAUCGGGAAGAGAAUGUACCGCCUCAUUGUUUAAUGCCGAGCGUUGAUUCUCAUUUGUGUAUAUAGCUGCUUCGAUUACGUUUGUUUUUGAGAAGGACAUUUGUCAGUUUCCGUGUUCAUUCCGAUUUGGAUUUUGGAGGAAAGGUUGCGCAUCUGACUUUGAAUUUUUUAGUUUAACUUUGUAUGAUGGAUCCUUUAUCGGCGAUCAGCGAAGAUCUAGCAGAGAUCAACGGACAAAUCGCUGACGUUUUUCGCUCACUAUCAACUGGGUUCCAGAAAUUGGAGAAGAUUAAAGAUGUUAACAGGCAGAGCCGACAGUUGGAGGAGCUUACAGGGAAGAUGCGGGAGUGUAAAAGGCUUAUUAAGGAGUUUGACAGAGAAGUAAAGGAUAUGGAAAUUAGAAAUGACCCUGACACCAACAAAAUGCUAAAUGAGAAAAAACAAUCGAUGGUCAAAGAGUUGAAUUCGUAUGUUGCUCUUAAGAAGCAGCAUGCAGCUAAUCUCGAAAGCAACAAGCGAGUUGAUCUCUUUGAUCAAGGACCUAAUGAAGAGUUUGCGGAAGAAAAUGUGUUGCUAGCUUCAUCCAUGACAAAUCAACAGUUAAUAGAUGAUGGAAACAGGAUGAUGGAUGAGACCGAUCAAGCAAUUGACAGAGCAAAAAAGGUUGUGCAUGAAACAAUCAAUGUUGGAACAGAGACAGCAGCAUCUCUAAAGGCACAGACAGAACAAAUGAGUAGAAUUGUUAAUGAGCUGGACUCUAUCCACUUUUCAAUCAAGAAAGCUUCAAAACUGGUCAAGGAAAUUGGUAGGCAGGUUGCAACUGACAAGUGCAUUAUGGCAUUGCUCUUCCUUAUUGUCAUUGGAGUUAUAGCCAUUAUUAUUGUGAAGCUUGUAAACCCGAACAACAAGGACAUUCGGGAUAUUCCAGGAUUAGCCCCACCUGUGAUGAAUCGAAGAUUACUGUGGAAUCCUAAUUAAAGAGCAAGGAAGUGGACGAUCUCACAAGCUUUCAGGAUGAUCAGAAAUCCAAGUGGAUCACAUGGUAAUGGCACCCUGCAUUAACCAAGUCCGUUUAACGGAUUAUCUGAAUUUUUCAGAAGAAGAGCUCGGGUAGCUCUACUAAGUGUGCAUUGUUAUUAGUUGUUGUAGUCAUUGAAUAUAUUUUUGUAACAACUUCUGUAUGGCUAAUUAGCAUGAUAUAUUUUGUAUAUAUAUAUAUAUAUAUAUAUUGAAUUUGUUUGGAAUA